AUGAUUUCAGAUUCUAAUCCGGAAACAACUGGGUCUGAUACUUGUUCUGUUUGUCUACUUUCCUAUGUCAAUCCAGUACGACUUCCGUGCGGCCACAUAUUUUGUUUCUUGUGCACAAAAGGUGCUGCAAAUCUAAAUCAUAGUUGUGCUUUAUGUAGAAAACCAUUUCCAAGACAAUAUUUUGAUCGACCUGAUGUUGUUGAAGUUCAGACACCAACAACAGCUACAAGCGCAGUGACAGCAAUUGAUAACUUAGACUUUGAUACCGUAGUACCUCGUCGUGGUUGGUAUUAUGAAUGA